AUGGGGACACUGAGGCCCAGCCAGGCCUCGUACAACCAAGCCACGAACCACGACGCUGGGGCCACCGGGCCGGCCGGGGAGGGCCGCACACUCCAGCCCGGCCGCAGCAGGGCCUCCGGGCGCAGUCCCCAGCCGGGGCUCCCCCUGCCUCACCUGCCCCGGAGGAGGCCAUGGCCAGGGCCACUCAGCUGCCCAUGGGAGGGCCCACGGGAGCCCCCAGGGCGGCACCCCGCAAUCCCACGCACCCCACGCUCCCUUGUGCCCAUCCAGCAGGCGGCUCUGGCACGGCUUCCCGGCCGUGGCUCUGUGUCUGCCCUGCUGCCCGCUCACGCCAGGCAUGUCCCAGCGGGCACACAGCCGGUGCCCAAUGAAGGAACCCGUCCAGUGGAGGCGAGCACCAGUAGCACGAGGGCCACCAUCCUGGGUCCUACAGACACAGGCCCCCACCCGCCCGCCCGCCCGCCCGCACAGGCAGGCCCGGCAGGAAUAGGACCCGCCUCCUUGCCCCUCACCGGGCAGAAGGUCAGCCAGGACCCCAACCACAGCCUGCCCCUGGCUCUGCCCAAGGGGCGGCCAAGGGUCCCAUACUCAGAGCCCAACUCGGGGCGCUGCCACAGGGGUGCCACCUGCUCACCCCACACAGGGACGGGGCAAGACACACCCAUUGAAAUGGGGUCUCCGCCCCAUUCUGGUCCAUCGGGAAAUUAUCUGGGCAUCUCCGACGUGCAGGCACCGUUCCAGACACUGGAGCUACAGCAGUGA